AUGAACUUUCACGAGAUUCGGCAGUCUAAGGGCGUACGGGUUCACUUUAUGCCCAACUCUGAGUUGGAAGUCACGGACUAUUUUGGUCCCAAAGCCCUAAGUGGCGAGAAGAAGGAACGAAAUGUCUCUACUACAAUCGAAGCAAAGCCCAAAAUCGAUGUCGCGGGUGUUGGCGCUGAAGGAUUGGGCUGGUCAAGGACAUCCGAGGGCUGCUUUUCGUCACGCUGGAAGUUUACCGGCUCACGGUUCACACUCAACUCCCCGUCUGGGAGCAGUCAGAUUCGAAAUAGUCGGUAUCGACAGGUUGUUUGGCUUUUGGAAGAGAAUGAGUUGGAGCGACAGUCUGUCCACCAAUCUAUCGUCCAUGCAGCACUGGCCUUCCAUCACCGCUCUGUCCCUUUUGAGGUUGAGCUCAAUAUCGAAGUCAAAAUGCAUCGGUGGUAUCACCAAAUAAAGCAGCACCUGGUCUACCCGCCUAGGACUCGGGGUCGGCAAGCAAGAACGAGAACGGAAAUCAAGCCCGAUAAACACACUGACAGCCACGACGAGUUCAACAGAGUCGCCAGAAACCUAAAUCAGUCGAUGACGAUGGCGAAUAUCCAUCCCGUUGACGAAGUCGCCGAUCCUCGCCCACCUUCUAGCGACGAGAUUGAACAGACGAAAAGUGGACUGUUCGAAAAUAUGGCAAUACCUCCAAGUCCAGAUCUUUUAUCAGUAAUAGACGCACUCAAUGAACAAGAAACUGAUCCACCUUUGCUCAAGUUGUUGAGCAAAGGACCGGUGGUCUCUCCUAGUCCACUGAGCACCAGUGCGACGCUGGUGGGCUCGGAAGGAUCAAAAGACGCCGAAGAGCUAAAUUCCGAGUCUGUCUCUGCUGAAACGUCUGGCGGCUCCGCUACUUUCGAUCCUAUCAAACAAGUGGCCAGCAAAAUCAUGGAGAAAAUUUAG